CUCCAUGUAUCUCAUUCUCUACCCCAAGCUCCUCCAUGUGUCUCAUUCUCCACCCCAGUUCCUCAGUGAGCACUUUCUGCACAACCACGUUACAUACUGUUACCGGCAGGAGGGAAGUGCUCCCACUGUAAGAAAUACAUUUAUUGCUAUUACAUUCCUGAUGUGAGUAUUUAAAAUUCUCUUUGCAAAGUAAGACAUUCUUCAUAUUUCCUACUUGACCUAUCACAUUUUUCUGUCAUAUAUGCUUUUUUUAUUAAGUACUAGACAGACAUUCUAAUGACUGAUCAGAUUGUAAAAUGAGUUUAAAUGUAUUACAAAAGAGAGCAUCUAUAACCUUACAUCAUAUUACCUAAUGUAGAGAGGGGUGAACACUGAACUGUCGGUCAUCCACAUCCCUGUCAAACAAUGCAUUAAUGAUUGAUGGCUCUUUCGUUAAUAAUUAUGAUCUGUAAUGUGUAAGAUGGUGUGUCUAGACAGGUAUAAAGUGCCGCAGGACAGAUACUAUACUAUCACUCCUCUCUUCUCCUGCGACCUGAGCUCUGCCCUAUUGGAUACCAAGUGACAUCAUGUCAUUCGCUGGAACCUGGCAGGUCUAUGUGCAAGAGAAUUAUGACAAUUUCCUGAGGUCUCUGGGUAAGUAUCUUCCUUCUUUACUAAUUUGUAUGGAGGGAGAACAAAAUGUGAAAAUGAAAUUCACUUGCAAUUAGUCAGUAUUAUUAUUACUGCAUUUUACUAUUUCUGGAAGGACAAAACCAAAAUCCAAUUGGGAUUGAGCAGGGAUAAUACCUUAAAAAAGAAUAUUGUAUCCAAAUUAAAUUUUAAAAAAUAACAAAUACUAGUACUAAAUUAUGAAUUAUUUAGAAUUAGAUCAAUAUCAAAUGGUACCCACAACAAUAAUAAACACAUAAUACCAUUAUGAGAUUCUCUUUAUCCCCUGUUUGCUGCUUGAGCUAAUGAGAAAGCAAUAGCCUGAGUUUUAAUGGGUGGCAGUGAUUGGCUGAGAGUGCCAGCUGACCUUUUUCAAUCUAUCACAAUUGCUGGUAUAAAUUGGUAUGACUAAAAGGAAGUGUAUAAUCUCUGCCAUAUCUUCAGUGGGGGUUGUACUGUGGGUGGCCAGGGACCCUCUUUCAGUGUUAACCUAGUUGCUCUGGCGAGAAAAAAAAUUCACCCCUGAUGCAUAUGCUAUGGCUUACAGUUGUGAGAAAAUGUUAAGGUCUGGGUAGUAGCAUAGGGCAUACAGUUUUAAGCCUCAUGUACAACUAAAAAAAAAUAAGAUGCAUUAAAAAAUAAAUAAAAGCAAUGGGAAAUAGAGAGACACAAAGGAUAAAUUAAUAAACAAAACAUGUAAAGUGACAGUGCUAACAGGACAACAGGAUAUGUCUAUACUAGAGUACGUUUUCAGAGUUUGUGUGAUUGUCUGUAUUAUAGAAAGUGUGGCUCAGUCUUAGAAGAAUGCAGUAAUUUGCAACUGUGAUAAUAAAAUUAUAUCAGAUAAUAAAUUAUAUAUAACAUCACUAAUUCCAGGGUUGCCAGAAGAAAUUGUUAAGGUGGCCAAAGAUAUCAAUCCAGUGAUUGAAAUUCAACAAAAUGGAGACAACUUCAUUGUCUCAUCAAAGACACCUAAACAAACCAACACUAAUACUUUCACUGUUGGAAAAGAAUCGGAAAUUACCACACCUGAUGGGAAAAAAAUUAAGGUAACAAUAUUUCUCUAUGUAUUAUGCCCAAGUACAACAUGGCUGUGUGAUAGUGUUUAUACUACCAGGAGUGCUUUGAAUUGUUUGGGUUGAGUCAGUUAUCCCAAUUGUAUAGGAUUUGCUGAUUUUUCCUAAUUUUCCCCAAUACAGCUUGUUUUGGCUAAAUCUUCAGUUAUCUCUUUAUCGCAGUUUACAUUUAGUGAAUUGACCCUUUUAGCUAAACUACUCCCUUACUGACCUUAAAUGACCUUGUCGUCUCCAUUUCCUCUCAGUUCAUCUCAAUUGUUCUCCUUACUUCAUUGUAUUGUCUCCUCCAUGCCAGAGUAUCCAUAACCUGUUCAUGAAAUCACUUCUUAAUAUUAAUCUGAUUUUCUUCAAGUCAAAGUCCUACCAAAAAUUAAGAUUGCCCCCAGUACAGAGAGCUUCUAACCUCACCUUUUGUCAGUUGGAGACUUGGUGUAAUGGCUUCCACAAGCUUCAUACUCAUAGUAUCAAAACGUUGCCAUGGUAAUCUGCGGCAACGCUCAGAGUCGCCUGGAGCCAUUAUGCCAGGUUUACCUGAAUGAAUUUGUUUUCUUAGCACUAUAGUUUCCCAAAGGUGAGGAGAGAAAAUCAUGCAAUAAACACUGUUUUGCUUUUGUGAUUAUUCGCAUACUCCUUUACUCUAUUUCUUAUGAAUAGGAAUAGUUUCUUAGAAAUAGUUUACUAAACCUAUUAAAUUGGAAUAAUUAUUUUAAUUAAUGAGGAUAUUAAUAGAGGGUAGAGAGCUUUUUCAGAGUUUUUCCAAUGAUCUAUUUUGGCAUUAACUGCUUGCUUUUGCAGGAAAAUCAGCCUAUAAGGAGAUCUUUUGUUUUGAGUUAAAGGGUUACUCCAAGCAUCAUAACAACUUCUGCCCACUGUAGUAGUUAUAUGCCAGGAGUACCCAGGCCCAGUUCCUCAGUAACGGGGCAAAUUAUUUAGCAAUGGUCUGCUCCCUUACCUGGGUCCCCACCAUUUCUCCCUGGUGGUCCAGUAACAUGCUUUCAGCCUCAGCAGAGCUUUAGAAGCUAGAAGUGGUGGUAGUCAACAUUAAUUGGCUAAAAGCAUGAGCUGACUGCUCUCAGCCAAUGACUGUCAUUCUGUGCAAUUGAAUUGACAUUAUUCAGCUCGGAAUUCUAGUAUCAGCCUUGAUGGUGGCCCCCCUUCCAGCAGCAGAGGGGUUAAUCUAUGUAUUCAAAAUGCUGCACAUACAAACUCCAGGCACCAUGACUACUCAAAUCAUUGAAGGGAUUAUGCUGCUUAGAGUAACCCUUUAAUAAAACUAUAACUGAUAUGUAAAUUGAAUCAUGUAUUGCCUCUAUAUCAAAGCUGUGAUAAAUUACUAUCUUGAGGAAUCUCAUGAAAACUAUAUAGUAUGUGGUGGUGUUGUUAUAUGUGUGAAAAUAACAAAGUCCUGUGUCUUUAGGUCACCGUUAACCUGGAAGGAGGAAAACUAAUCUGCAAGAGCGAUAAAUUCUCCCAUAUUCAAGAAAUUCAGGGAUCUGAAAUGGUGGAGGUGGGUAUCAAGCACUGGAGCAGAAGCUCUAGUUAAUGUAAUGUUAAUUAUAAGUCAUUAUAGGAAUCUUUACCCAUUAUGAAUACAUUCCAACAGUUACCCACUAUAAGUCUGCUGCCCACUCAAAAUGAAUUUACAAAAAAAUCUAAAUACCAUUGGGAAAUACCAUAGUCUGCUCACUAUACCAUCCAUUUGCUAGAUGACCCCCAAACCCCUUGUUCCACUCUAAGUUAGAAACAAAAACUAUCCACCUAGUUGAAAUUACUAAAUAGCUGUCAUCUGUCAUGCAUCUCAUUUACAUUUAUUUCAUUUGUAUUUUCUUGCCUGCUACAUUUUGUCUCAGCCUAUCCAUCAAGAUGGUAAGCUCGCACCAUUUUGCAUCAUUGGAGGCUAAUCCAAAGGGUCAAGGUGGAGCAGCGCCAAUCCUCCACUCAUCUCCAUUUUACUGCAAUAAAAAGCGUGUAUGUGUGUGUGUGUUUUAGGACUAUUGAUAAUUGUGUUAGAAUAAAAACAUGUCUGUCAUGACAAGUUCUGCAAUUUCCUCUCAUAUCCUCUUUUAAUGGAGAAUUAUAGUGUCAGGAAUAGAAACUUGUAUUCCUGACUCUCUAGUCCUCAAGUGGCUGUUUAGGUGACCAGCACCCUCCAAUCUCAGUAAAAAGGUGAUUUUAUUUACUUUUUCUCCCAUGCUGCGCCGAUCUUUCCGCGGCUGGACGUGCCUGACUCCACCUCCAUGGCUGAGAUUAUCAAUCUUGAUGAUCUCAGCCAAUCCAAUUCUUUUCCAUAGCAUUGGGAGGCUACAGCAUAUAUGCGGCAAAAUGCCCACUGCCCAAAUCAGCAUCUCUUGCACUGGACUAGGAAGCACCUCUAGUGGCCAUUAAGUGACUGCCACUAGGUGUUACUAGGCAGCAACCUAAAUUUAAGCUUAAAAUACCUGCACGGGCAUGCAGUACAUCCCUAGCACAUACAGUACAUCCCUGAAAUACACAGUACAUCCAUGACGCACACAGUACAUUCCAUAUACACACUAUGGAUCCUUGCUUGUCAAUGGUGAUGUCACAACAUGCCCCUCCCCCCAUGUCUCAACCCUCUACCAGUUGGUCUCUCUGUUUCUUUCCCAGUCCGGCCCUUAUGACAGCACUAUAUAAAACUGUUGGAUAAAUAUUUUUGUUUUAUUGAGGCAAAGAUAUGAACAAUCAGACAUUGCAGAAAAUGCAUAUACAGUCAUGAGUAAAACAUUUACGAGUAUGGUAAGUAUGACAUUCAGAUACAGCGAGCCUCAGUUUUGUUUUUUAAAGUAAAGAAUCAGGAAAUAACAUGCUGUUUUCAAGACGGAAAAUCUCAGGCUGACAGAAUAACACUAGUGCACUAUACCUUUGUAUUAAUAUGCAGGUAUACACAAAAAUAAUGAAACAAAAAUGUAAGGAGAGAAGUGGUGAUACUUGGUUAUGUGUCAGGUAAGGUGAUGCUGAACAGGGGUGGCAAUCGGUAAUCCGCCAGACUCAGCCGACUCCCACAGUUAGCAUGAUGGUUGCACUGCCCGAAGGAACUUGGUGCCAGGAUCGGGUGCCUCUCCAGGCCCAGGCCUUGACGAGAACCUGCAUCUAUGUGCCACAGGCUCAGUUACUGUUAUAGUCCGAGACUAUCCUCUUUUGAGUGUGGUCGGAGGAUCGGGGUGACAGGCACUGCCUAACACGAACAGUUCUCCGCACUGGUGGACGAUGCAGGGCAUACAAGCCCCAUGUGGCCCUCGGCCUAGGUGAGUGAGGAACAGGAUGCACAGGUUUUCUCCGAUGCUUUUCACCGUCAGUAGGCCCCUCUGUCAGCACUGAAAGGACCGGGCUAUCCCCCACUGGUCCAGGAGAGGGGCGGGAGUACAGCGGAUCCAAGUGUAGGGCUAGGGAACAAGGAGAUUGGCCGCCUCUCCUCAGUCCAGGCCCCAGUAGGCCGCAACAGGAUCCUUGGGCACUGUUAGAUAAAUAAACAUGAAUUUAAAAAUCUUUUAUUGCAGCAUUCUGGUCCAUACAAAAGACAUGACUGUCAAAACAACACACGUAAAGUGAAAUCUGCUGGUUUUAGUCUGUUUGUCUAUUAUCAGUACGUUUACAUAAAAAAAAACCUGGAUUGACCUGCUUUUGGGCUAAACAUAAACAUCAAAGUUUAGCAUUUAUUUUUAAUGUGGAAAGAAAACUGGAAGCUGAAUGUAAACUUUGCAAAAUAUGACAGAACAAUGACAGACGAAUGAUGGGAAAAAAACUAAAAGGGUGUCUUUCUCUUUUCUUACAGACAAUCACAAUUGGUUCAGCAACAAUGAUCAGGAAAAGCAAGAAGGCUUAAAACAAGAAACUCUUAUUUUUUACUAUUUAACAACAUGUGCUGCAACAACAUAUUUUAAUAAUAAAAUAAUGUUUCAGUGGGAAUCUUUGACUUUAUGUAUUUAAAUAUAUAAUAGAAGUGUAGAGUCAUUCACUAAACUAUCAAUUGUAUGGAUUGUAAACAUUAUG